UUCCUGUCGUGGCGGGAAUACGCGCUGAGGACGGGCAACAUGGAUGUUGAAAUGAAAGAGACAGACAGUGAACAAACUCAAGCCGACGGACCGCCUAAAAAGGACGAAACUGCUCCAAAACCCCCAACGACUGCUUAUGAACUACCAUGGGUUGAAAAGUACAGACCUCUGAAGUUGAAUGAAAUAGUUGGGAAUGAGGAAACUGUCAGCAGACUGGAGGUGUUUGCAAGAGAAGGAAAUGUGCCCAACAUCAUCAUUGCUGGUCCUCCUGGAACUGGGAAAACCACUAGCAUUUUGUGUUUAGCUAGAGCUCUGCUUGGCCCAGCCAUGAAAGAUGCUGUACUUGAGCUGAAUGCCUCAAAUGACCGUGGAAUUGACGUUGUGAGAAACAAAAUCAAGAUGUUUGCCCAGCAAAAAGUCACUCUCCCUAAAGGCCGCCACAAGAUCAUCAUCUUGGAUGAGGCUGACAGCAUGACAGAUGGAGCUCAGCAAGCUCUCAGAAGAACCAUGGAGAUCUACUCCAAAACCACACGCUUUGCCCUGGCAUGUAAUGCAUCAGAUAAGAUUAUAGAGCCCAUCCAGUCGCGUUGUGCAGUGCUGCGUUACAGCAAACUGCGAGACGAGCAGAUCAUGAUGCGUCUGACGGAGGUGGUGGAGAGGGAGAACCUGCACGUCACCAACGACGGCCUCGAGGCCAUCAUUUUCACCGCUCAAGGAGACAUGAGACAGGCUCUGAAUAACCUACAGUCCACCAAUUCUGGAUUUGGAUAUAUCAACAGUGAAAACGUGUUCAAGGUGUGUGACGAGCCACAUCCUCUGCUGGUGAAAAGCAUGCUAGAACACUGCGUCAAUGCCAACAUCGAUGAAGCCUACAAGAUUAUCGAGCAGCUUUGGUCUCUGGGAUAUUCACCAGAGGACAUCAUCGGAAACAUCUUCAGAGUCUGUAAGACCUUUCAGAUGGCAGAAUAUCUGAAGCUGGAAUAUAUUAAGGAAAUCGGCUACACGCAUAUGAAAGUGGCAGAAGGAGUGAACUCUCUGCUGCAGAUGGCUGGUCUGUUGGGGAGACUCUGCAGAAAGACGGCCACCCCUGAUGCAAGCUAAAAUAAUAUUCAUUACUAACUAACCACACCACACAAGACUUUUAUACUCUCAUUGUAAAAUAAAACAAUACAAGUUGCAGCAAUAAAAAUGUACAAAAUC